UAAGGAAGUAGCGACACAACAAAGUACACGAGUGGCCCAGGUUGAAUUACAAUAAAUUGUGAACCAAUUUUGAACUUUGAAUGGAGAAUUGUGCAGAAUAGGACAUUUUAUAUAUAUUUUUUUCUAACUGACUGUCUGUAUUUGGAAAGUUUCUUGUAUUCUAAGCGUUUUGAGAGCAUAAUGGAGAAAUACUCCCACCUCCGAAUGAUCGGGGAAGGGUCUUUCGGUCGAGCUGUGCUGGUUCAAUGCAAAAGCUCUCAGAAUAAAUAUGUACUCAAGGAAAUACAGCUGCCAAAGAAGCAAUCCAAACUACAGAGUUCAAGAAAGGAAGCAGUCCUGCUGUCCAGAAUGAAGCAUCCCAAUGUGGUGGCUUUUAAGGAGGCAUUUGAGGCUGACAGCCUCCUGUGCAUUGUUAUGGAGUACUGCAGUGGAGGGGAUCUACUUCAGAGGAUUCAGCAGCAGAAAUCCUCUCAGUUUACUGUUGAUAAUAUCUUGAAGUGGUUUGCUCAGAUGUGUGCCGGUGCACAGCACAUUCAUGAUAAGAGGGUUCUGCACAGAGAUUUAAAGUCUAAGAACAUUUUCUUGACAGACGACGGCUCAGUGAAGCUCGGGGACUUCGGCUCUGCUUGCAUUUUGAACAGCUCCAAGGCUUAUGCUCAUACGUAUGUUGGGACGCCGUAUUAUGUGGCACCAGAAAUUUGGGACAACAAGCCAUACAACAAUAAGAGUGAUGUGUGGUCGUUGGGCUGUGUCCUCUACGAGCUCUGCACCCUGAAACACCCGUUCCAGGCGUCCAGUUGGAAGAGCCUGAUCCUUAAGGUGUGCAGAGGUGCGUACCCUCCGCUUCCCAAACACCUGCCCUAUGAGCUGCACUACCUAAUCAAGCAAAUGUUCAAGACCAACCCAAAAGACAGGCCGUCGGUGCAGACAAUCCUGACUUCCCACAGGAUUUCGAGACUCCUGCGCUCACAUCUGCCCUCACAGGCUGUUUUAAAGACAGAGGAAGAGAAGAGGGGAAGAGGUCAAUGGAACAAGGAGGAAGGGCUGGAAGUGGCUAAUCUCCUGGGAGAGAAGAGUUUAAUAAAAACAUCAAGUGAAGGUGAGGAUUUCCCUAAAAGCUGCUGUGAGAGCACCGAGCCGCUGCCUAGAAAACAGUGGACUGCUGAGCCACCGAGUGCUGUGCUCCAGAUGCUGGCCAACGCCAGCCUGGUCUCAUCAGACAGCAUGGCUGCAGCUGACCAGACCAGCUCCACCCAUGGAAGUGAAUCAGAGGCCGGCAGGCAGAGAAAACAAUGGGUGCGGGAUCCUCCUGAGAGGAUCCUGAGCCUCCUGGAGAAGGCCCAGCUGAACAAGGCUUUCAGCACCUUUUUGAUUCACAAAGGAGAUGAAAAUCCUCUAGUUGGGCCCCUCUCCCGGAAGCAGGGCGAUGAGACUGACGGCCUUAAGCCAGAGGUAGUUGUAGACGAGUACAGACUGCAGCCUCGCUCUGAUGAUGAAGACACGGACUUUGAGGAAGAAUCUCCUUCUGACUGGAUGGAUGAAAUUGAGAAAAUAUUUUCAGAACACUAAAGCCUUGUUCCUUCAAACCUCACACAAAUGAAAACACUAACAUUUUGAAUGUGCCAAACUUUUUUUCUUUGUUUUUUGUCUAAGUACCGUAAGAUAAAUGCCAUUUGGGCAAAAGAGGUAAAUUUGAAUAAAGAUUUGGAGAGAAUGUCAUCUGUAAAUGUUAAUUAAAGUUAACAUUUUUAUGAGUUAUGAGUUUUCUGUGAUUUCUUUUUCUGAACUAAGCUGAACAUCUGCUGCUGGCUGUUCAGGUAAUUAGUGAUAACAUUCCCAGAAGAAUGAAGGCCAUUCUAAACGAUAAUGUUCUGCUCUUUGGGAAAGCAGGAAAUAUUAAGCCCUGAGAAUCCCAUUUCCUCUGCAAUAUAAAAAGUAGACUAAACAUAUUCCGUCUUUAGUAUUGUUUCGCUUUCAUGCUCUUAAAGUGACCCUAUCAUCACACACAUCUGGCUGUUGCUUUGUUUUUAAUUGAUGUCACUAGACAUGUUUUAAGUUUUUCCUCUUCCUGCAUUCAUCACACGCCACUAGGUGGUGCUAAAGCUGCUGCCAGGACUUGCAUUGAAAAGAAGUCAUAAAUAGCUUAAAUGGAAUAAAACAUGAGUGCAUCUGGUGGUUAUGUGUAAAUUAAAGAGAGGUGUCUUAGUAUGGAUACAAAAGGAAUCACUUUAGUUUUCCAAAUUAAAAGAUUGACAGAGUGGAGGAAAAGGGAACAAUGGGAAACCACAAGCUAGAAACAAAGCCAAACCCUAGCCUCGCCCAAGACAUUUUGGGCUCAUCAGGAUGUAGACUAAACCAUAAUGAUUGUGAUUCACCAACAGUUUCUCCAGGGAUGGAUUAUCCUUGUUGCCAAGGUUCACCCUGAGAAGGAAUCCUGCUAAUGGUUGAUGGGAGUUUCCUUUGUCAGAGGAGUUUCAGUCUGCCGAGGAUAGUUUUUUUUUGUUUGUUUGUUUUCCAAUAAGGAAGCUCAGUGCAACAGCUCUUCAGCUUAUCUUGAAUUUACAAAAAAAAAAAUCCACAUCCAGAGUUCAUAGUCCGACCCCCUCCCUGUUUUUUUUUUUUUGCUCAUUUCCCCCUCUAACCCCCUGAAGAAUGUUCAGUGAAGAUACAGAUAAACUGGAGCUGCAAAGUUAACUCACAGUGUCACCAAGUUCUGUGUCCUGAAGAUAGGAGGGUCUCCCAUCAGUGGUCGAGAUGCAUUCAGCAGUGUCCUCACAGCUCAGCAGCAUUACAUUAAUAACUCCCAUUUGUGAUCCCAGAGCUUUACUUACUUUUUACAUUUGAAAUGGGAAAGAAUGUUUCAAAAGAUAACAAAGCAACAUAAAAGGUAAAUUUUGGUGCAUUUUGAUUUAAAAAAAAAGGGUUUGGUUUACAUCUUUUAAAUGAAAAAUGGGAUGUAGAAAGAAAUUUUCCUUGUUUACAUUGGUGUUUGGAUAGUGUUUUUUUUCCAUCAUUACCUUGAAGUUGGGAUGGAUCCUCUAACAUGAACAUUUUCCUGGGUUGGCCCCUCCUGGGCGCCUUUGUUCUCGGAGUCCCUUUGGAUGUCUGGGGCUUUUGGUCCCCGGCACUUGCCUUGGUGCUCUGGAAGGGCUUCAGCUCUUCACAACCUUUUUUCCUUUGGACAAACUUUACAUUCACAAGUGCACUCUCACAAAACUACAGGUGCUUGGUUCCAGGUAUUUAGAGAUUCGCUUCCAUACAGAAAGCCCUGAUUCUUAUCUUCAACUACCACAGUAUACAUGUCAGAUUAAUUAAUACCACUUAUACUCCAGCGAUGGUAUCAAGGUGUUACUUUAUUGUAUCUCUUAUACUAUAUCCAUUGGUUGUGCUGUUCUUUUUACAUCUCUUUGCAGGUGAUAAAGCAGA